GGCAUGCAUGUUACCCCCAACUACUACAUUCAAUAUUUCAACUUCAGGUUCUCUCUCCUUCUCCAACGUUGGUCGACAGUGGUCAGUACUCACUACAAAAAUUUGGGAUCUCUCUCCUUCUCCAACGUUGGUCGACAGUGGUCAGUACUCACUACAAAAAUUUGGGAUCUCUCUCCUUCUCCAACGUUGGUCGACAGUGAGUAUUCUUCCAAGCCCUCCCUACAACCAACCGAGGGAUGUUUAUAGUACUGGUGAUCUUGUUGAUGGCAUUGCUGGCUUGGGCAUGUCAAGCCAUCCGACCUCCGCCUCCCCGAAUCUGCGGCAGCCCCAGCGGCCCACCUGUAACAGCACCUAGAAUAAAGCUCAGGGAUGGAAGGCAUUUGGCCUACAAGGAGCAUGGAGUGUCGAGAGAAGUGGCAAGAUUUAAUGUUAUUUAUAUUCAUGGCUUCAGAACUUGUAGACAUGAUGUAGUGAUUGCAGUAAACCUCCCUCCAGGAUUUUUUGAAGAACUAGGACUCUGUGUUGUUUCGUAUGACAGACCAGGCUAUGGAGAAAGUGAUCCAAAUCCGAAACAAACAGUGAAAAGUUUGGUUUUGGAUAUAGAAGAGCUUGCUGACCAGUUGGGCCUCGGAUCCAAGUUUUAUGUAAUUGGUAAUUCUAUUGGUGCCCAGCUUGUUUGGGGCUGCCUCAAGUAUAUUCCUCAUAGGCUUGCAGGAGCAACACUACUUGCUCCUGUCGUCAACUACUGGUGGCAAGGAUUUCCUGUCAACUUGCUAAGAGAGGCCUACCACAGAGAACUGGCUCAGGACCAGUGGGCGCUUCGAGUUACUCACUACAUUCCAUGGCUAACCUAUUGGUGGAACUCGCAGAAGUGGUUUCCUGGAGCAAGCGCCGUACUCGGUAACGUUAAUACAUUAUCUCCUCACGAUGUUCAACUAAUCUCCAAGAUUGUUGGGACUAAAAUGUCCAAGGCACAGGCAACACAGCAAGGAGUAUUUGAGUCGAUGCAUCGUACACUGAUGAUUGGAGUUGGGAAUUGGGAAUUCAGUCCAUUAAUGGAUCUUGAGAACCCUUUUCCUAAUAAUGAAGGCUCAGUCCAUCUGUGGCAAGGUGAUGGUGAUAGGAUAGUGCCAGUUAAGCUGCAACGCUAUAUUGCCAAUAAGCUUCCAUGGAUUAAGUACCAUGAGUUACCAGGUUCUGGUCAUUUCUUCCCAUGUGCUGUUGGAAUGGGUGAAGUCGUCAUAAGGGCACUUUUGUCUGGGGACAAGAAGCCCACUUUUGAUUGUAUUGGGUAAAUAAAAAAAAAAUACCGUAGAUGAUGGCCUGCUUUGGUGGAGUUUUCUGCAGAAUUUCUUUUUAUUUAUUUAUUUUUUAUUUUUUCUGUUGCUCUGUUUUGUGCUUCAGAGUGUGUUGUGUUGGUCUUUUGCUGCUAUGUAGUGUUACGGUUCUUUCUGGUUGUUGUAGGUGGUUUUGCAGUGUAAUUGUGUACUGUUUGUUGUUUGCAGUAGUGCUUUAGCAGGUUUUUUGCUGGUUGUGUUCCUAGCUAGGGGUUUGUCCUAUGCAGGAUUUGUUUCCAGUUUUAAUUGGAGUGUAAAGAUGUUGAGUUUAA